CCAGACCUUCGCCGCGAGACGAAUCCCUCCAUGGCUUCCGUCUCGUUGGCUAUGCUGCCUGCUCCUUCUUCUCAACACCGGAGAAUCCCUUAGAGCUCAGCUCUCUGAAUUCAUCUAGCCUUCGUUUCCCAUCAUGACGUCUGCCGACUUUAUGUCUCCCAGCUCCUCCGCUAACACGCCAACAUGGCACUCUUUCGAGCGCAAGGUCGACGAGGUCAGACCGUCCAAAACUGACAUCAACUACCUUGUCAUGGACUACCUCGUUACCAACGGCUAUCCCUCCGCUGCUAAGCGAUUUGCUGUUGAGGCCAACAUUCAACCUAGGCUGGAUGUUGAGUCAAUCCAGGAAAGAGUCGAGAUUCGCAGCGCGAUCCACUCUGGGGAUAUCCAAACAGCCAUCGAGAAAAUCAAUGAGCUCAAUCCUCAGAUCCUCGAUGAAAACCCUUCAUUGCACUUUUCGCUUCUCCGCUUGCAGCUAGUGGAGCUAAUCCGAAAGUGUACUACCUCUCCUAAUGGAGACAUCACCCCCGCUCUUGAUUUCGCAACUGCGGAACUUGCCCCGAGAGCUCCCACAAAUCCUCAGUUUCUUGAAGAUUUGGAGCGCACUUUGGCCUUGUUAAUAUUCCCAUCGGAGAACCUGGCCCCUCAGCUCUCUUCUCUGCUUCACCCUGAUUUGCGAAAAGACAUCGCAAACAAAGUGAAUGAAGCUAUCCUGCAAAGCCAAGGCGCUCGUAAAGAGGCCCGGCUGCGUAACCUUGUAAAAUUGCGUGCUUGGGCAGAACAGAAGGCCCGGGAAGCGAAGAAAGACCUUCCCGAGAAACUCGACCUAGGACUGGUACCUGAGAAGACUGCCAACGAUGGCAGUGGGCGUUCAAGCCACAACGGCAGCUCAAAUGAUGCAGUGAUGACUAACAAUGGAGAUCUCGAUGCGAUGAUCUCGUGAUCGCCGCUUGAAGCGGGAUCCUAUCCACAUGGCCGGUCUAUGGUUUUGUAUCAACUAUGGAUAGUAAUAAAUAAUUGAUAACUAUGAUGAAACCUCAUGAAUAUGAUUAUGACAUCUCUGCAAUCUUGCA